CUGCCAGUCAGUCCCUCCGGACCUGCCGCGAGCCUCAGGCUGCAGAAAUCACCGCGCCUCACUCGCCUCAACAGUGAUUCUGAGUCUGCUUUUAGCUUCCCUUCGCCUGCCUUGGCUUUUUCUGUUCGUGAACAGCUGUUUGGCCCAUAGCUUAGAGAAAACAGCCUUUUUUCUCUACCAAGAGAACCUCCUCCCUGUGCUCAGAGAGAUGGGGAGCGGGGAGCCUAAUCCUGCUGGCAAGAAAAAGAAGUACCUUAAAGCUGCCCUAUACGUGGGUGACUUGGACCCAGAUGUCACUGAAGACAUGCUAUAUAAGAAGUUUAGGCCUGCUGGUCCUCUGCGCUUCACCCGAAUCUGUCGUGACCCGGUGACCCGCAGCCCCCUGGGUUAUGGCUAUGUCAACUUCCGCUUUCCAGCAGAUGCUGAGUGGGCCCUGAACACCAUGAAUUUCGAUUUGAUUAACGGCAAACCAUUCCGCCUCAUGUGGUCUCAGCCAGAUGACCGCUUAAGAAAGUCUGGAGUUGGAAAUAUAUUUAUCAAAAACCUGGACAGAUCCAUAGACAAUAGGGCCCUGUUUUAUUUAUUUUCUGCGUUUGGGAACAUUCUCUCAUGCAAAGUCGUAUGUGAUGACAAUGGCUCUAAGGGUUAUGCCUAUGUGCACUUUGACAGCCUGGCCGCUGCCAAUAGGGCCAUAUGGCACAUGAAUGGAGUGAGGGUCAACAACCGCCAGGUAUACGUUGGCAGAUUCAAAUUCCCAGAAGAGCGGGCAGCUGAAGUCAGAAGCAGGGAUAGGGCAACUUUCACCAAUGUUUUCGUUAAAAACUUUGGAGAUGACAUGGAUGACGAAAAACUAAAGGAACUUUUCAGUGAAUAUGGGCCAACUGAGAGUGUUAAAGUAAUAAGAGAUGCCAGUGGGAAAUCUAAAGGCUUUGGAUUUGUGAGAUAUGAGACACACGAGGCUGCCCAAAAGGCUGUGCUAGACCUGCACGGAAAGUCCAUUGAUGGAAAAGUCCUAUAUGUAGGGAGAGCACAGAAGAAAAUUGAACGUCUAGCUGAGUUAAGGCGGAGAUUUGAACGGCUGAGAUUAAAGGAAAAAAGUAGGCCUCCAGGGGUUCCUAUCUAUAUUAAGAACCUGGAUGAGACCAUCGAUGACGAAAAACUGAAGGAGGAGUUUUCUUCCUUCGGAUCAAUUAGCCGGGCCAAAGUGAUGAUGGAAGUGGGGCAAGGCAAGGGGUUUGGUGUGGUCUGCUUCUCCUCUUUUGAAGAGGCUACCAAAGCCGUGGAUGAGAUGAAUGGUCGCGUAGUGGGCUCCAAGCCCCUGCACGUCACCCUGGGCCAGGCCAGGAGCAGGUGGUGAGAAUAAGAAUGCUCAAUUUGUUUCAGCCUUAGCUGGUGCCUACUUAGUUUGGGCUCCUUUGUGAUAUGGGAUUAUUCUAUGCUCAUUCACAGGUUUUUCUUAAGUGAAUACUUUCUUUUGAAAAAAAGUGAGACUAGAAAACCUUGUUCAUUUUAGUGAAGAACAUAAUUUCUAAUUGUCAUUUUGUACUAUUUUUUGAUAUAAUGUCCUUAGGAAUAAGUAGAAUAAAGUUUAUUCCUCCACAUUUUUUUUUCUGAGCAGUGAAGGUGAGGCAAUAUAUUUCCCUCCUUAUUUCAAUAAUACUAAAUUUGAUUUCUUCUGUGCAAACACUCUCAACAUGGUCCUUACUUCUGAAUCUAUCACAGUGAAUACUUCUAACUUGCUUUCUGAGAAACCAAGGGGGGGAGGGGAUAUAUGUGAUCCAAUUAACAUCUGUGCAUAAUUUCACUUUAAAUUAUUAUUUAAAAUGAAUAUUAUUUGAACAGAUGUGAGGUUUCUUUUCCUCCCUUUAUGUUUUUUGUUUUCUCUUUUAAUAUAUUGUGAGCAUACCACAGACUUGGUUGUGGCUUUGACUAAGUAUUGAGAGUAGUCUUUAUUAACUUUGUACCCGGAGAAGUAAGCAUAUUGGUGUUUUCUCAGUCAGGACGUUAGAAAAUUAACUGUUCAGAAAGUGGCUAUUUAAAUUAUGAGUUGCAUCUUUUAAAAACCUUUCCUGAGAGAUUUGAUAUUUGAGGACGCUCUAAGGACCACUCUUACCACUUAUUUUUCUCAGUUUCUUACUAUGUAUAUUUGGUUCAUGUUAAAUUAACAAGAAAGAUGAAUAACUGCACUGAAUUGCUUUUAACUAUAAUUUAAAAUUUUACCUUAAGCCUGUAUCAAGCGUCAAUACAAUAAUUUAAAUGAUGUUAAAAAGCUACUUUGAAGAACAUUGAUUAAACUUCGUUCUUGUAAA